CCAUUUACGUUAAAAAAAAGAAAAAAUUGAAAACCUCCAUGCGACCACUAUUUUUAUGUUUUUGGCCCGCGCCGAGCUCCUCACGUAACGAGUCCAUGGCUCCCGCCAAACAAAAACAAUAAUAAAUCUCUUCGUUCUAUUUCUAUCGCGGCUCGAGAAUGGCGGCGUUCUGGAGGCAGGAGAGGAGGAGCCUACGCUUCAUCGAGAAGGAGAAGAAGCGAAUAGUAGAUUACCUCCACGAGCCCGACGGCGGCGGCGGCGCCGGCGGCGGAGACGAGGAAAUGGAUGCCGGCAAUAGAAAAAAUGGGGACCUAUCCUUGUUGCUGGCUCUUUCCGCUUCUCCGUCGAAUGCUUCGUUGGCUGGUGGGUCGUCUUAUUCUCCUCGGUCGCUGCUCUCCCGGUGGCUUCUCCCCCUCCAGAAGUCGUCGCCGGGUGGCCGCAGCGGCGGUGGAGGCGGAGGGGGAGGAGGAGAGGUGGUGUCGGGAUCGGGCCGUUUGGUGCGGUUCCUGGGGUAUUUCCGUGAGAAGAAGAAGAAGAAGAAAAGGGAGGAGGAGGAGGUGGGCCCUUCAGUUUCCGAGGUCGUGGAGGGGGAUGGGGCUGGGCACAGAGGGACUAGUAAGAAGCUCUCCGUUUCUUCAGAUGAGAAGCCGGAAGAGAUAUCUCUUAACCUAGGUAUGGGGCUGGGUCUUGUCUUCCUCCUGACCAGGUGUGCAACUGAAUUCAAACGAAUGACAGAGAUGCAGGCAGAGAUGGAAACUUUGCUAAAAGAAAUUAAAAAUGAAGUUCAAAGGAAUAAUGUUAUAUGUAGCUUCUUGGAGACGAGUAAUGAUGCCACCUUUCCUGGACCAGAUUGUUCUGGUGAUGUAAGUACAGGCAAGGCUAUUCCCUCACUAAGUGACAUAGCAUCUUUUAAGCAGGAAGAGGCAAGAUGUGCCAUUGAAUCCAAUGUACAGUCAAAUUAUGUGGCUAUUUCUGACAAUAAAAGUUAUCUAAAGAUGGAUCAACUGGAAGCAGAGCUUGAAAUUGAACUGGAACGUUUACAGCUUAACUUGGAAGGAGAAGAUUCAUCCGUACUUCGGGGACAACACAAAAUGGAGUUGGCCAGUGAGAGCCAUGAUUCUUCUGAAAGCUUCAGUUUCAGUUUUGGACAAAAUGUGGAACCUAAAAAUGAAGACAUUGGUGAAUUUUCGGGAGUUCCUGCACUUGAUCUGGAGAGAAGGUUGCAUGAGCUUCUACAUGCAAGACAGCAAGAGCAGAUAGCAGAGUUGGAGUAUGCAUUAGAGUGUACCAAGAGGAAGCUUGUUGACAAAGAAAUUGAGUUAUGUAGCCUGAGGGACAGUGCUUGCUUCACAUCACAAGGGUGAAACAAUAUGGGUGAAGCCACAUAGAAGAGAGCCGCUGUGCAUCCCAAGUGAAUGUUUGCUUCCAAAUGAAGUGUGAGAUUAGAACAGUCAUGCACGAAGAUAUGAAAUGCGACAUUGAGAAACUACUCAUUCCAAGUGAAGGAUUCAAAGAAACAGCAUGAUGGUUGCUUGUAGAUCUAAUCAUGGACCGGGCUUGGCACAAAAAAUAUCAAAUUUUAAAUAUGCCUGGUCCAAAGCCCGACUAAAAAUGAAUAUAGUUUAGGCUUGAGGCCCGGCCCAUGAUCAGCUCUAAUUGCUUGGUAUGUAGCUAUUCCAUGAAAUGUAUCAGACGUAAACUCUACACCUUGUGUUUUCCAUAUAUUGGAACUCUUUUGCUUGUUUCAGCUCCAUUUUCAAAAGUUCGAGUUGUAAGGCUGCAGGUUGAGUCACUUGCUGUAGAGUGUGAGUGCCUGGUGAUUAUCCUGAUCUUUAUGGGAUGGUAGCAGCUCUUCCUGUCACAAAGGAAACCAUUAUUUGUUGAAGAGGCUAAAUCUAUAUUAU